AUGGGCAGGUGCUGCUUCUACACGGUGGGCACGCUGUCCCUGCUCCUGCUAGUGACCAGCGUCACGCUGCUGGUGGCCCGCGUCUUCCAGAAGGCCGUGGAGCAGACCAUCCAGAAGAAUAUCGUGUUAAAGAAUGGUACUGACACCUUUGACUCCUGGGAGAAGCCACCUCUGCCUGUGUACACCCAGUUCUAUUUCUUCAACGUCACCAACCCAGAGGAGAUCCUCCAAGGGGAGACCCCUCAGGUCACAGAAGUGGGGCCAUACACCUACAGGGAGCUCAGAGACAAAGCAAAUAUACAGUUUGGGGACAACGGAACAACCAUCUCUGCUGUUAGCAACAAGGCCUAUGUUUUUGAACGAGAGCUCUCCAUCGGAGACCCCAAGGCUGAUUUGAUUCGGACGUUAAAUAUCCCUGUCGUGACGGCCAUGGAAUGGGCCCAGAACCGCUUCCUCCGGGGGAUCAUCGAGGCCAUGAUGAAGGCCUAUGAGCAGAAGAUGUUUGUGACGCACACCGUCCAUGACUUGCUCUGGGGCUACAAAGAUGAGCUCUUGUCCCUCAUCAGCGUGUUCAAGCCUGACAUCUCUCCGUACUUCGGGCUGUUCUACGGGAAAAAUGGAACUAAUGAUGGUGACUAUGUUUUUCUAACGGGAGAAGACAGUUACCUUAACUUUACAAAGAUUGUGGAAUGGAAUGGAAAAAAGUCACUUAGCUGGUGGGGAACCGAGAAGUGCAAUAUGAUUAAUGGAACAAAUGGAGACUCUUUCCACCCAUUAAUAACCAAAGAUGAAAUCCUUUAUGUCUUUCCAUCUGAUUUUUGCAGGUCAGUGUUUCUGACAUUCAGUGGCUUCGAGAACAUACAAGGACUGCCAGCCUAUCGGUAUAAGGUUCCUGCAGAAAUACUAGCCAAUACUUCGGACAAUGCUGGCUUCUGUAUACCUGAAGGGAACUGCCUGGGCUCAGGAGUGUUAAAUAUCAGCAUCUGCAAGAAUGGUGCACCCAUUAUCAUGUCUUUCCCACACUUCUACCAAGCAGAUGAGAAGUUUGUCUCUGCCAUUGCGGGCAUGCAUCCAAAUGAGGAAAAUGAUGAGACAUUUGUGGACAUUAAUCCUUUGACUGGCAUUAUCCUAAGAGCAGCCAAGAAGUUCCAAGUCAACGUUUACGUCAGGAAAUUCGAUGAUUUUGUUGAAACUGGAAACAUGAGAACGCUGGUUUUCCCGGUAAUGUAUUUAAAUGAGAGCAUUGUAAUUGAUAAAGAGAGUGCAGAGCGGCUGAAGUCUGUGAUGAACAAUGCCAUGAUCAUCACCAACAUCCCCUAUGUCAUCAUGGCCCUGGGGGUGCUCUUCGGCAUCAUCUUCACUGGACUUGCGUGCAGGGGGCAGGGAGCCAUGGACGAGGGUACGGCAGAUGAGAGAGCACCCCUUAUACGGACCUAACCGAUGUCUGAGCCUGGUGAAGGAGCCCCCUGAGCCGCGUGCUGGGGAACUGUCAGCUCCUCACAGGCAUGAUGCUUGCGGUAGAGACGGGGGCCAGGACGCAGUGCUGGGGGCUGGUGAGGACACCAAGGCCAGCAGGCUAAAUAAAGAUAAAGACC